UGGAGCCGCUCUGUCAGACAGCGAGAACAGCGAGCGAGCCUUAAAUCCGAGUUUGAGGUCGUCCUUGACCUUCCCCGCGGCGCCACCACCGGACCAGUCCUGUGUCCAGGAUGCAACACGCAGCCGGGCAUGGCAGCCAGUUCCACUUGCUGCCUUGCACGUUUCCCGGCCUUUCUUUGGCCUCAAUGUUCAUUGUUCGCUCCUGUGCUUUGUGUCGUCCCCCAUUACGAUACCCAAAGGAGACAUUCAAAUACCCACGAGGCAUCGGCGCAACAACGAGAGGCCAAACCAUCUUACCCUCUUUCUGUGCUCUCUCCACGCUCUUAUGUGUUUCACAAGUCGUUUGUUUCUCUGACGAGUAUUCCAACACCUUCUGCCUUCAUCAGGCAAUACAUGAGACAGCAAAGGGGGGGAAAGCCUAAAAGCCUGGCGCCGUUCCCUAAGUUCCAUUGGCAUUUGGAAGGGGGGAAACCGCGACAGCUCCGCGCCGGGCACGGGCCAAUCAAUGGCCUUUCCCGCUUUCAUGAAAGCGCAAUUCGCACCGCAAUUGUGCGGAAAGGCAAGGAGGGAAGCUUUCUAAAGGAUCCGGGGGCAGCAAAGGCACAUAUCGGUAGGUAAAACUAAAAAUAAGCGACAAUAAAAGAAUACCC